UUGAAAUUAUAUAUUAUUAUUAUCAUUGUUUUAUAAACAACUCUAAACAAUGAUUGUGAAUGCUCGCUUACACGCGCCGGUGACGUCACGCGAUGUUUUUAGUGCUAUGGCGUACCAGGAAGGGGAGUCGCUUGAAUCCUGGCUCAAUAAAGCCACUCAUCCAACAAACAGGCAGGAGGACUGGGAGUAUAUUAUAGGCUUCUGUGAUCAGAUCAACAAGGAACUUGAAGGCCCUCAGAUAGCUGUAACGCUGCUUGUCCACAAAGUCCACUCUCCACAAGAAUGGGAAGCCCUCCAGGCUCUGACGGUGUUGGAGGCAUGCAUGAAGAACUGUGGGAGGAGGUUUCAUAAUGAAGUUGGAAAAUACAGAUUUUUAAACGAGCUUAUUAAAAUUGUGUCUCCAAAGUACUUGGGUGACAGUGCACCUGAGAAGGUGAAGCUGAAGAUUGUAGAGAUGCUUUACAGCUGGACGAUUGCAUUUCCUAAUGAGGCUAAGAUCAGUGAAGCCUACCAGACGCUGAAAAGACAGGGCCUCGUAAUGCAUGACCCAGAAUUACCCUUGGACAGAACUUUGAUUCCCUCUCCUCCAACAAGACCUAAACAUCCAGUAUUUGAGAAUGAGGACAUGGGCAAACUUCUGGCUGAGCUUCUUCGGAGUAAAAACCCUGAAGACCUCCAGGAAGCCAACAGAUUGAUCAAAAACAUGGUGAAAGAGGAUGAGGCACGAGUGCAGAAGGUCACAAAGCGAAUGCACACUCUGGAGGAAGUGAACAUCAACGUUAGGCUGCUGACCGAGAUGCUGUCUCACUACAAUAAAGACAGCUCCACUGACUCGGACAAGGAGAUCCUCAAGGAGCUGUUUGAGCGGUGUGACAAGCUGAGGCGUGCUGCUUACAAAAUGGCCACGGAGACGGAGGACAAUGACACCAGUUUAGGUGACAUCCUGCAGGCCAGCGAUGACCUGUCAAGAGUCAUUAACUCCUAUAAGCGGAUAGUUGAGGGGCAGCCCAUCAACGGCGACAGUGAGGAGCCUCGAUCCACAGGUGUUCCCAGUGAGAGCGAGAUCACGGACACGCUGAUCGACCUCGCCGGCCUCGACACUCCCAGCCCUCCUCAGCCUGUCACCCCUCCCCCCCGCUCCUUGAAUCUCGUCCCCGCCGGUCUUGCAGCUUCCGUCGUACCUGUGCUGCCUCCUCCCCCCAAGCGCCUGGCCGGCUCCCACGGCAGUCAGAGCAGCAGCCCCAGACACCCGCCCCUCGACAAGGCCUCCGCCUCCCUCUCUCUCCUGGAUGACGAGCUGCUGUGCCUAGAACUAAAUGACCCCAUUACCUCUCUGAGCAGCCAAACAAAACCCAAAUUAAACGAAGUGUCCAAACAGUGGACCUCCUUGCAGGCUCCACCCCCAAGUGUGAAUAUGUUCAGCAGUAGCUCUUCAGGGCCUAUGAUACCUGUGGAACCAUCUGCAACCACGCAUAGUCUCCAGAACCUCCAGGACCUGGCCAUGCUGGGCUUUUCAGAUCAUAACAGUCUGUCCUGCCCGAUGACAGCCAGAGGGAGCAGCUUUGGCGCACCUCCUGCAGCAGCACCUCCCCUUGUACUGGGGCAAAGCUCUACCUCCUCAGCCCCGGUUUCCCAGAGUUCCCUGCCAAGUUCUCCUGCUCUGUUCCACCCUAAGACCCAAAGCCUAGGCUCGGCCCCGGGCAGCCCACUGUUCCGCUCCAUGUCCCCCUGUCACCCUUUUGUUCACGGCAGCCCAGCCCGAGCCGCAGACAUCUCUCUUAGCCACGUGCACGUCCCUCUGGAGGCCAUCAGACCAAGCAAAGUGCUGCCGGUGACGGCUUACGAUAAGGAUGGCGUUCGUGUGCUGCUCACCUUUGCUUCAGACUGUCCCCCUGGCAGACCUGACGUGCUUGUAAUGGUGGUGUCCAUGCUCAAUACAGCGCCGCUGGCUGUUCAUAGUGUGGUACUGCAGGCUGCUGUUCCCAAGUCAAUGAAGGUAAAACUGCAGCCGCCAUCAGGAAGUGAGCUAGCGCCAUUCAACCCCAUCCUACCUCCAGCCUCCAUCACACAGAUCAUGUUGCUGGCAAACCCAGCAAAGGAGAAGGUGCGUCUGCGCUACAAGCUGUCGUUCACACUUGGCGAGCGUCUGUGCAACGAGGUCGGAGAGGUAGACCAGUUCCCCCCACCAGAGACGUGGGGUUAUCUAUAGCAGUGAGCAGGACUAAUAGCACUUAGAGAUACAGAGAAUACUCCAUGAAGGGAUGGGGGGGUGCACAUCCAUCCCCGAGAGAGGACGUUUGAGAAACCUUCCCCAUCUUAACGUUUGUCUUUCAUUUUCUGGUAAUGAGAUGUUAACACACAUUAACAGUUGUGUUUAUGCAGCGCUUGCUAAGAAAGUGAGGAUUUCUGCUGGUAGGUGAAACAGGCACAGUGAGAUAAAUGCCUCUAUGGAUUUUCCUGAAGAUUAUUUAAACAGACUUGAAUGUAGUGUAAUCAGUGCAUUGCAGCAUUACAAAUAUUUAAAAGAACAAAACCUCUGUGUUUUUACUGAGAGACAAACACUGGGCUUUUAUUUCUUUUUUAGACUGAAGACGUAAGAUAAGCAGAGCUCUGAACAUCGUACAGUAUUUAGUGGUUCUUUCUAGUUGUACAGAAAAUGUACAGAAAGAAAAGUUAUUUAAAUAUUUAACAAAUAUUUGACUUGUAAGGUAAUUAAACUUAAAUUAUAAUUAUGUUUGAGAUUUUUGACUUCAAACUAAAGCAACAAAACAUGGGUCUUAUAAACAGUCCAACACUGGAUUCAUUUUAUGGAUUUACUGAUUAAAUCUAAUUUCUUGAAUUUGACGCCAUGGGUUUCUGCAUUUUAUUUAAAAUAUGGUUAUUAGGAUCAUUUUUCCCUUUAUAAUUUGACCUCAGUGCAUCACUGAACCUUGAAAAUGUGAACUGUAAAACCUGAACAUAACUUUGAUGACUUGAAGGAUCAGCAGUGAGAAGGAUUGGACUUUUUAUAAAUCAGUCCUUCGAUCGUCCCUUUGGUCCGUCAGUUGUCAGCUCAUUGCGUAUGGGACCUACUCAGUUGUUUAUUGUACAGUAUGUACAAUGGUUGUAACGUAUUGUCUAAAUGUGAUGUGUGGAUUUUUGGAGUGUUAGGUUUGUACAUACUGUAUGAUGUGUACAUCUGCAUGAAGAAAAAUAAAGAUUUCCUUCAUCUGA